CCCCUCUUCUCCCACCACAAUGAGAUCCUAAGAUGGCGGGGGCUGUGGCGGUUGGCGCCGAGUGGCUAAGGUAGAAAAGGCGGCCAUUGGGCCCUAGGCAGCCAGGGAACUUGUCGACUCUCCCUGCUGCGGUCUCUAAGGGAGAACCGCCGCCGGUGGCAGGUCGUGGGGGCUGACCGCUACUUCGUCUUUGGCAGGAGUGGCUGCUGCGUGUCCAGGCAACCGCUUUAAGUGUGAAGCAAGAAAGGAGCUAUUCCUGAGCUGCAAAAAGUAGUUUCUAAACAGUUCCCCUCCAGGCUGCGCAAUUUCACACCCACUGGAAGGCCAAAACCCUCAUGAGAUGCAGAAAUCUUAUUUUCUCAUGAUCAUCUGUUCUUCUGAACUUUUACUUCUACCAUUGCUGCUUCUGUUUCUCAAUCUCUUUGACCCAGAAAAUUAAUCAUUAAAGCCAGUAUGGCCACAGGUGGAGGUCCUUUUGAAGAAGGUAUGAAUGAUCAGGAUUUACCAAACUGGAGCAGUGAGAAUGUUGAUGACCGACUCAACAAUAUGGAUUGGGGUGGCCAACAGAAGAAGGCAAAUAGAUCAUCAGAAAAGAAUAAGAAAAAAUUUGGUGUAGAAAGUGGCAAAAGGGUAACUAAUGAUAUUUCUCCGGAGUCAUCACCGGGAGUUGGAAGGCGAAGAACAAAGACUCCACAUACAUUUCCACAUAGUAGAUACAUGACUCAGAUGUCUGUUCCAGAGCAGGCGGAAUUAGAGAAACUUAAACAGCGGAUAAACUUCAGUGAUUUAGAUCAGAGAAGCAUUGGAAGUGAUUCUCAAGGUCGAGCAACAGCUGCUAACAACAAACGUCAGCUUAGCGAGAACCGAAAGCCCUUCAACUUUUUGCCUAUGCAGAUUAAUACCAAUAAAAGCAAAGAUGCCGCUGUAGGUCCUCAAAAGAGAGAAGUGAUUGGGUCAGCACAAUGUAAAGAGUUGUUUGUUUCUGCUUUAAGUAAUGACCUUCUGCAAAACUGCCAAGUCUCUGAAGAAGAUGGGAGGGGAGAGUCUGCAAUGGAGAGCAGCCAGAUUGUUGGCAGGCUCGUUCAGAUUCGUGACUAUAUUACUAAAGCUAGUUCCAUGCGGGAAGAUCUUGUAGAGAAAAAUGAAAGAUCUGCUAAUGUUGAGCGCCUUACUCAUCUAAUAAAUCACCUUAAAGAACAAGAGAAGGCAUAUAUGAAAUUUCUCCAGAAAAUUCUUGCUAGAGAAAAUGAGGAGGAGGAUGUUCGGACUGUAGAUUCAGCUGUGGGAUCUGGUUCUGUAGCUGAGAGCACAUCGCUAAACAUAGAUGUGCAGUCUGGGGCUUCAGAUACCACGGCCAGAGACUCUCAACAGGAGCCUAUGGAAGAGAUAGAAAAUUUGAAGAAACAACAUGAUUUAUUAAAAAGGAUGUUACAACAGCAGGAGCAGCUGAGAGCUCUGCAGGGACGGCAAGCUGCUCUUCUUGCUCUGCAGCAUAAAGCAGAGCAGGCUGUCGCCGUGAUGGAUGAUUCUGUUGUAACAGAAACUGCAGGUAGCCUAUCUGGAGUCAGUAUCACUUCUGAACUAAAUGAAGAAUUGAAUGAUUUAAUUCAGCGUUUUCAUAAUCAGCUUCGUGAUUCUCAGCCUCCAGCUGUUCCAGACAAUAGAAGACAGGCAGAAAGUCUUUCAUUAACUAGGGAGGUCUCCCAGAGCAGAAAUCCGUCAGUUUCCGAACAGUUACCUGAUGAGAAAGUCCAACUUUUUAGCAAAAUGAGAGUGUUACAGGAAAAGAAACAAAAAAUGGACAGACUGCUUGGAGAACUACAUACACUUCGAGAUCAGCAUCUGAACAAUUCAUCAUUUGUACCUUCUUCAGCCUCUCCACAAAGGAGCAUGGAUCAGAGAAGUACCACUUUAGCUCCCUCUGCUCCUGCAGGCUUCGCACCCGUUGUCAGUGGAGAAGCCAGCACACUCUCAUCAUCUGUUCCUUAUCCUGCUGCUUCUCUAGUUUGUCAGAAUGAGAAUGAAAAUGAAGGCCAUAUAAAUCCAACUGAAAAACUCCAAAAGUUAAAUGAAGUUCGAAAAAGAUUAAAUGAACUGAGAGAAUUAGUUCAUUAUUACGAACAAACAUCAGAUAUGAUGACAGAUGCUGUAAAUGAAAACACGAAAGAUGAAGAAACUGAAGAGUCAGAAUAUGAUUCUGAGCAUGGAAAUUCUGAAUCUUUUACUAACAUUCGAAAUCCACAAGUACCUGCCACCUGGAAUGAAGUAAAUAGUAAUUCUAACGCACAGUGUGUUUCUAAUAACAGAGAUGGGAGAUCAGUUCAUUCUAAUUGUGAAAUUAACAACAGAUCUGCCAACAUAAGAGCUCUAAACAUGCCUCCUCCUUUAGCAGAUUGUCGAUAUAAUAGAGAAGGAGAACAGGGGAUUCCUGUUGCACAAGGUGAUGAUGAUGAGGAAGAGGAUGAAGAAGCAGAAGAAGAGGGGGUCAGUGGAGCCUCUUUAUCUAGUCGUAGGAGCAGCCUGGUUGACGAGGCUCCAGAAGACACAGAAUUUGAACAGAUCAAUAGACUCAUGGCUGCAAAGCAGAAACUUAGACAGUUACAAGGUCUUGUUGCUAUGGUACAGGAUGAUGAUACAGCAGAUCAAGGAGCUGUCUUUGCCAACACUUCAAAUUUGGAUGAGUUCUACCCAGCAGCGGAAGUCACCAAACAAAAUGCAAAUAAUACGAGAGAAAAUGCCAGUAAACCACAGAAAGAUGCUGGAGUAAAUGAAAAGGCAAGAGAGAAAUUUUAUGAGGCUAAACUACAGCAGCAACAGAGAGAGCUCAGACAAUUGCAGGAAGAAAGAAAGAAACUGAUUGAGAUUCAAGAGAAAAUUCAAGCAUUGCAAAAGGCAUGUCCUGACCUACAGCUGUCAGCUGCUAGUACGAGUAAUUGUCCCACAAAAAGAUACGUGCCAGCUGUUACUUCAACCCCAACUGUGAAUGAAAAUGAAACCAGAACAAGCAAAUCUGUGUCUGAGCCUGCAGAUUCCUCCGAAGUGGACAGUGAGCUGUGGUUAGAAAUGCGAAGACAUGAAAUGUUAAGGGAGGAGCUGCGGCAGCGAAGAAAGCAGCUUGAAGCUCUGAUGGCUGAGCAUCAGAGGCGGCAGGGUCUAGCCAGAACUGCCUCUCCAGUGGCUGUUUCACUGAGAAGUGAUGGAUCUGAGAACCUGUGUACGCCUCAGCAAAGUAGAACAGAAAAAACAAUGGCAACUUGGGGGGGUUCUACCCAGUGUGCACUAGAUGAAGAAGGAGAUGAAGAUGGUUAUCUUUCUGAAGGAACUGUUCGGACAGAUGAAGAGGAAGAAGAAGAGCAAGACACCAGUUCCAAUGAUAACUUUUCCACAUAUCCUCCUAACAGUGUGAAUCGUAACUCUUAUAACGGAAAGGAGACUAAAAAUAGGUGGAAGAACGAUCGCCCUUUUUCAGCAGAUGGAAAUUAUCGUCCUUUAGCCAAGACAAGACAACAGAAUAUCAGCAUGCAAAGGCAGGAAAACCUUCGGUGGGUGUCAGAACUCUCUUAUGUGGAAGAGAAAGAACAAUGGCAAGAGCAGAUCAAUCAGCUAAAGAAACAACUUGAUUUCAGUGUCAAUAUUUGUCAGACUUUGAUGCAAGACCAGCAGACUCUGUCUUGUUUGCUACAAACUCUUCUCACGGGUCCUUACAGCGUUAUGCCCAGCAAUGUUGCAUCUCCUCAAGUACACCUUAUAAUGCACCAGUUGAACCAGUGCUAUACUCAGCUAACGUGGCAACAGAAUAAUGUACAAAGGUUGAAACAAAUGCUAAAUGAACUUAUGCACCAACAAAAUCAGCGUCCAGAGAAACCUGGAAGCAAGGAGAGAGGCAGUAGUGCCUCCCACCCACCUUCUCCCAGCUUAUUUUGUCCUUUCAGCUUUCCUGCUCAGCCUGUGAAUCUGUUAAACCUACCUGGGUUUACUAAUUUUUCAUCAUUUGCUCCAGGUAUGAAUUUCAGCCCUUUAUUUCCUUCUAAUUUUGGAGAUUUUUCUCAGAAUAUUUCUACGCCCAAGGAACAGCAGCAACCAUUAGCACAGAAUUCUUCAGGGACAACAGAGUGUAUGGCUUUUCCAAAGCCUUUUGAAAGCACUUCUUCUGUUGCAGCAGAGAAACAGAGGAAUCAGAAGCAGCCUGAAGAGGAGGUGGAAAAUAGUAGGACACCAUGGCUAUAUGAGCAAGAAGGUGAAGUAGAAAAACCAUUUAACAAGGCUGGAUUCACAGUGUCUGCAGAGAAAACUACAAAUAGUCAUCGCAAAAAUCAGUUAGAUACCAGCAGGAGAAGACGCCAGUUUGAUGAAGAGUCAUUGGAAAGCUUUAACAGUAUGCCUGAUCCGGUAGAUCCGACAACAGUGACGAAAACAGUCAAGACAAGGAAGUCAUCUGCACAGGCCAGCCUGGCAUCUAAAGAUAAAAGUCCAAAAUCAAAGAGUAAGAAAAGGCAUUCUACACAGCUGAAAAGCAGAGUUAAAAAUAUUGGAUAUGAAAGUGCCAGUGUGUCUAGCACAUGUGAACCUUGCAAAAGUAGGAACAGACAUUCAGCCCAGACUGAAGAGCCUGUUCAAGCAAAAGUAUUCAGCAGAAAGAAUCAUGAGCAGCUGGAAAAAAUAAUAAAAUAUAGUAGGUCUACAGAAAUAUCUUCAGCACAUGCUAGGAGAGCACUGCAGCAGUCUAACAGAAACGCGUGCAGUGAGGUGCCAGAAACGGGGAGUGAUUUUUCCAUGUUCGAAUCUUUGCGGGAUACUAUUUAUUCUGAAGUAGCUACACUAAUUUCUCAAAAUGAAUCUCAUCCACAUUUUCUUAUUGAACUCUUCCAUGAGCUUCAGCUUCUUAAUACAGACUACUUGAGACAGAGGGCUUUAUAUGCGUUGCAGGACAUAGUAUCCAGACAUAUUUCUGAGAACCAUGGAAAAGAUGGGGAAAAUGUGAAGUCAGUGAAUUCUGGUACUUGGAUAGCAUCAAACUCAGAACUUACUCCCAGUGAAAGCCUUGCUACUACUGAUGAUGAAACUUUUGAGAAGAACUUUGAGAGAGAAACACAUAAAAUAAGUGAGCAAAAUGAUGCUGAUAAUGCUAGCGUCAUGUCUGUAUCUUCAAAUUUUGAGCCUUUUGCAACAGAUGAUCUAGGUAACACUGUGAUUCACUUAGAUCAAGCAUUAGCCAGAAUGAGGGAAUAUGAGCGUGUGAAGACGGAGGCUGAAGGUAACACAGAUACGAUGUGCAGCUGCAGGAUUGUCGAGGAUGGGGACGAGGCUGCCACCGCGGCUGUGGCGGAUGAUGUAGAAGAAACUCCUAUUACUGAAAAUCAUAGUUCCCAGCAACCCAUAAGUGAAGUUUCUACCAUCCCAUGUCCUAGAAUUGAUACUCAGCAGCUGGACCGGCAAAUUAAAGCCAUUAUGAAAGAAGUCAUUCCUUUUUUGAAGGAGCACAUGGAUGAAGUGUGUUCUUCUCAACUUCUAACUUCGGUAAGACGCAUGGUUUUGACCCUUACCCAGCAAAAUGAUGAGAGCAAAGAGUUUGUGAAGUUCUUUCAUAAACAACUUGGAAGUAUAUUACAGGAUUCACUUGCAAAAUUUGCUGGCAGAAAACUGAAAGACUGUGGAGAAGACCUUCUGGUAGAGAUAUCUGAAGUGUUGUUUAAUGAGCUGGCUUUCUUUAAGCUCAUGCAAGAUUUGGAUAAUAACAGCAUAGCUGUGAAACAGAGAUGCAAAAGAAAAAUAGCAGCAGCUGGAGUGAUACAGUCUUAUGCCAAAGAGGCCAAGUGGAUUCUUGAAGAAGAUCAUGGUUCACCUGCUGGAGAAGUUGAUGAUGAAGACAAAGACAAGGAUGAGACUGAAACAGUUAAGCAGAUGCAAACAUGUGAUACAUACAACAGUGCUGGUCCCAAAAAUGUGAGAUCUGAUGUUUCUGAUCAAGAAGAUGAUGAAGAAAGUGAAGAAGGUCCAGUGUCUAUUAAUUUGUCCAAAGCUGAAACUCAGGCUUUGACUAAUUAUGGAAGUGGAGAAGAUGAGAAUGAAGAUGAAGAAAUAGAAGAAUUUGAAGAGGGACCUGUAGAUGUCCAGACGUCCCUUCAGGCUAACACUGACGCUACAGAAGAAAACGAGCUCGACACUCAGGUUCUACAACAGGACCUAGAAAAAUUAGCAGAAAGCAAAACUGUCCCAUCGUCAGAACAAGAACCCACUACUGGUAAAGAUGAGCAAGAUGGCACUCCUGUGAAACCCUGUUACCUUAAUAUCUUGGAAAAUGAGCAGCCUUUAAACAACGCUGUUCAAAAGGACCCUGUUACUGCCAUUGAUUCAUCUAAACAGCCUAAUCCUUUGCCUUUAACUGAAAGUGAAACCUUGGUGCCUAGAGUCAAAGAAGUUAAAUCUGCUCAGGAAACUCCUGAAAGUUCUCUGGCUGGAAGUCCUGAUACUGAAUCUCCAGUGUUAGUGAAUGACUAUGAAGCAGAAUCUGGUAACAUAAGUCAAAAAUCCGAUGAAGACGACUUUGUGAAAGUUGAAGAUUUACCACUUAAAUUGACAAUAUAUUCAGAGGCAGACCUAAGGAAGAAAAUGGUAGAAGAACAACAGAAGAACCAUUUAUCUGAUGAAAUACUAUGUGAAAUGCAGACUGAAGAAUUAGCUGGGAAUUCUCAGACGCUCAAGGAACCUGAGACAGUGGGAACCCAAAGUAUGUAAGACAUCGUCAGAGACUCACCUCUCUUUACAGAGUCAAUGCAUAUGAAAAUGGCACUAAAUAAACAUCGUUUCAAUCUUUAUAAAAUGUAAAUUAGUUUGACACUGCAUUCUUGCUAAGUGUGGUUUCUGCCUGUGGCAGUUUAAAACGCCAGAAACUGAAUUCUGGACAGGGUGGUUUUUUCUUAAUUAUUUUCCCAUGUGAUGUUUGAUAACAUUAAAUUUAAAACGUAGUUUUAAAUAAAAGUUUGGGCUUACCUGUAAAGUUCCUUUUUUGGAAGUUACGCUUGUAUUUUAUACAGCAUGUCACUAUUCUGCACAAUUAAGCUGUUCAGAGAAGACUAACGGUCAAGAGUUGGAGAAAUGCACUAUUUAUAGUAAAUCCAAGUAAUGCCACUGUCCCUGCUACUGGGUCUGACAUUCUUUUAUCCUGUGCAAGAACAGGACAGGUUAUGAAGACAUUCAGGACAUCUGGAAAGUUACUAUGGAAGAUAUAUUAAUACUCUGUUCAAAUUGGAGACUAACUUCUUAAAUUUAGAACACAUCCUUAGAAUGUAUAUAAUCAUCUAUUACAUGUUUCCAGAAUUCAGUUCCUAUAUAUGCUGUCUAAAAAUUAAAAAAAAAUUUUUUUAUAUAAUUAGGGAAUAUUUCUGCACAAAUAACAUGGAAGGUAAAGUAAAACCCUUUCAAGUAGGGAUUAAUAGGAUUAAGUUACCCGUGUCAGAACAUUAAGGUUCACCUUGCCUUCCGACAAACUUGCCCUUUGAGGUCGUAGUUUAGGCCUGAGUGUAGCCGUUGCUUCUGCAUGUAGUGAGAGAGCAGCAGAUUCAGAGAUGAAGUAAGGAAAGUCUAUGUGAUUUCUUAAUCACUAGCAAAUCAGUUUUUAAAAGGUCAAUUACCUUUAAAUCACAAACUUGCCAUAUGCCCAGGUAAGGCUUCACAGAGCCCAUUAACAAGUCUAUUUUACAGUUUUUUCCUUAAGUGUGAAGAAUUAGUCCCAAGCAGUCUUCUCAAUUUAACAAAUGACUAAAAUACCCCAUAAGGAAAGAAUUUGGUUGGCAUUCCUUUUAAAAUUGUUCCGUGGCUGACACUUCAGUGGAAAACUAUGUUGUCUAAUCGGGGAAUAUUAAACAAGGAUUUCCCUGUGAGGACAUUUAUUGUCUUGCUACUUAUCUCCCCAACUUUAAUAAAACCUAUUCAGAAAGUUAUUCCAGAAUCAGGAAUUCUGAUCCAAUUGGUCUGGCUUCAGGGAAGCUGGAACAAUAAGUUACAUGUAUACUCAAGUUCUGUAUUUCUUUCCUAGGCUCUGAACAGGAAGAGGGGAAAAUUGCAUUUGGGUAUUCAAGCCAAGCUUUGUAUCGUACAGUUGUUUCUCUCUCUCUGCAUGCAUUUUAUGAUUGACACAGUGGAAGAAUUGUAUUUUCAUCUUAGUUAUUAAUGUAGUACCCAAGAACCUUAUCAAACUUACAUGAUUUGUGUUAUAGCUGCUAUAACCUAGUCUGUUUUCUAUUUUAGUAGUUUAGUUUUAAAAUACACUUGAGAGCAGGUAACUUGUUUAACAUGUUUUCCCUAGUAACUGUUGCUCAAGGAUUAGGCAUUAAAUGUUCCCGUUUGUCUUAAUUUUUAAGUUAAAAAUUUGGUUGGAAGUAAAAGAGGGGGGAAAAGGUAAAAAAUGAGAGGGCACCGUGUGCAGGUUGGGAUAAUGCCUCAAACAGCGGGCUCAGCACACUGUGCCGCUACUCUUUGUAUUUUGUAACAUUCACUUUGGGUAAAUGCUUUUUCACCAUUAAUAAAAGUAUAAUCUCCAUACAA